AUGACGAACCCGACAAGUGCCAGCCCCAAUUGGGUCCGUGGAUUCUUCGGUGCCCUCCUUGACCGCCUAAUUGGCUGGCGGUUGGGGUUUCCCCCAGAAACAUGCAACUACAGAGUCCAAGGCCUGCGCAUCCCCAUAUCGGAUGGCCUCAACCGGAUCGAGUUUGCUGCAGACCUAUACCAACCCAUUCUUCCUAAAGACACCAAACCCGCAGGUACAAUCCUCGUAUGCUGCCCCUACGGCCGCGGUCUCCCACUUACUAUUUGUGCUCGCGUGUUCGCUUCGCGAGGGUUCCAAGUCCUCUUCAGCAGCUGCCGCGGUACUUUCGGCUCCGGCGGCGAGUUUGAUCCUUUCCGCACCGAGGUAGAAGACGGGAAGGCCGUUGUCGAGUGGAUGCGCGAGCAAGACUGGUAUACGGGCACUUUUGCGACCCUUGGUGGUUCUUACCUAGGCUUUACGCAAUGGGGUAUUCUCUGUGAUCCACCUAAGGACAUGGUUACUGCGAUUAUUGCCGUCGCUCCACAUGACUUUGGGAGAGGGAUCUGGGAAACGGGUGCUCUCAAUCUGGAUAUUGUGAGCUGGGCGAACACGAUGGCGCAUCGAGAGGAGCCGUAUUUCCUCCUACGCCGUAUACUGAAACUGAACAAUUUUCGACCGGUUUUGGACAGCAUUCCUCUGGCUCAGAGUGUAGAGAAGGCGAUGGGAGGUAAAGCGCCGUGGCUGAAGAAUAUCAUGUCGAAGCCGAGCUUGGAAGAUCCGCACUAUGCCCCGAUGAAUCUCGGAGAGGCUCUCGAGCGCGUAAAUAUCCCGAUACUACUACAAGGCGGGUGGUAUGAUAUCUUCACGGAGCAGACAAUGGAACAAUACUUUCGACUGCAGGAACGAGGCUGCAAUGUUGCAUUGACGAUGGGCCCUUGGACGCACAAUGGCGUAGGAUACGAUCCGAUCACCACGCAGGAGUCGCUCGCGUGGAUGGAAAAACAUCUCGCCCAGCAAGGGAAGACGGAGCGCCAGGCGCCCAUGCAAUACUAUGUCACCGGAGCCGGGGAAUGGCGCCACACUGCCAAGUUUCCUCCUCCAUCCGCGCCAUACACAUUGCACCUCCGCUCAGGCCAAAAUCUCACCAGCGAAACUCCGGAUUCCGAAGCCACGUCCUCGGACUUCAUUUUCGACCCCCACAAUCCUACACCCACCAUGGGUGGGAACACGCACAGGAAAGCUGGCAGUGUUGACGACACAGCCUUAUCGAAACGCUCCGACGUCUUGUCAUUUACAACCGCCCCGCUCGACGAAGACCUCGAGGUCAUAGGAAAGCCCAUCGUCGAACUCAAGCACUCCACCGACAAUCCCUACGCCGACCUCUUCAUUCGCAUCAGCGAGGUAGAUGAGAAGGGCAUGUCCCAUAAUAUUACCGAGGCGUACCAGCGCUUAGACCCUGAGCGCAAAACGAACGUGGUUCGUCUUUCGCUCCACUGGUGCGCCCAUCGGUUUGUCAAAGGGAAGAGCAUUAGGCUUAUGGUGGCCGGCGGGUCGCACCCACAUUACGCCAGAAAUAUCGGGACGGAGAAUCCGGAUAAUACUAGGAGCGAUGUGAAGGCCGUCAGGCAUACGAUCUUCCAUGGAGGCACGCAGAUUUCGAAGAUCGUGUUACCUUCAGCAUAA